AUGGAGCAGCUUGGUCAAGAGGGUUUCCGUUUCCGUCCCACUGAUUCCGAACGACUUAUGUUCUUGUUGAGAUUCGUCGCUGGACAAGAGAUGCAUGAUUCUGGAUUUAUUACCACUAACGUUGAUGUCUAUGGCAAACAAGAACCCUGGGAAAUAUAUGAUCAUGGCGUACCCUGUGGUGAUGAUGAGGACAGCACCAGUUAUCGCUAUUUCAUCACAAAGCUGAAGAAGAAAAGCAACGCGAGGUAUCAUCGUUCUGUCGGAAACAAGGGAACUUGGAAACAGGACAACAAGGGCAAACCAGUUCACUACAAAAGUAUGGGAAACACAUCUUCGGUGGUUAAUAUUGGAUCCAAGACAAAUUUGUCUUACAAGAAUAAAGAGUUUUACCCUGAAGAUCAGAAAGAUGGACAUUGGCUCAUGAAGGAGUACGAGCUGUCUAAGAUUCAGGUGCCCGAGCGGCAGAGUGAGGGUUCCCAGCAUUUUCGGAGCUUAUCGGAGACUGCAAGGUAG